CAGCCACCGGUAGCUUACGGUAUAAUCCGGUGGUCACCUGCAAUGCGGGUUUCCAGUUUCCACCACACAAGUCUGGCAUUACUCUGUCCGUUUCUUCUUCUCAACCUCCGAAAAUAUUCAAUCUUGUUGACAAAAAUUGAAAUUUGUAAAUAUAGCAGAAGAAUUCAAUGGAUAACUUGACGAUGCCUUGCAUUUCGACAACAAAACUUGCUGUAAAUAUUCCCCAAAAAUAUGACAUUUUAUCUGAAUUCUCAUCCAAAUCCGUCCAACCGACACUGCCUUUUACCAAAAAGGGAUUUGCCAGAUCCACAGACGCUCAUUUAAACCACCUUUGUAGAAAUGGACGUCUUACUGAAGCCAUAACAGUUCUGGACUCGGUUGCCAAAAGAGGCUUGAAGGUAAGAGGGAACACCUAUAUUAACUUACUCCAAUCAUGCAUUGAUGCAAAUGAUAUUCAACUUGGUCGAAAACUCCAUGCCAAUAUUAAUUUAGUGUCAGAAAUAGACGUCUUUGUUGAGACCAAGCUAGUUAGCAUGUAUGCAAAAUGCGGGCGUUUUAAUGAUGCGCGUAAGGUUUUUGAUGCAAUGCGUGAGAGGAAUCUGUACACUUGGUCGGCGUUGAUUGGGGCAUGUUCGCGAGAGCAGAGAUGGCGGGAAGUUGUCGAGCUAUUCUUUUUUAUGAUAAUCGAUGGUGUGUUGCCUGAUGAUUUCUUGUUUCCAAAAAUUUUGCAAGCUUGUGGAAAUUAUGGAGAUUUUGAAACGGGAAAAUUGAUACAUUGUUUAGUAAUUAAAUUGGGGAUGGCCUGUGUUACGCGUGUUAGAAAUUCGAUCUUGGCCGUGUACAUAAAAUGUGGAGAAAUGAGUUGGGCGAGGAGGUUUUUUAAAGGCAUGGAAGAGAGGGAUAAUGUGGCUUGGAAUUCAAUGAUAUCGGGAUACUACCAAAUUGGUGACAAUGAAGCUGCUCAUAGGUUGUUUGAUGAGAUGUGUAAAGAGGGGAUUGAACUGGGUCUUGUGACAUGGAACAUUUUGAUUCGCAGCUACAACCAAUUGGGGCAAUGUGAUGCUGCAAUGGCACUGAUGAAGAAGAUGGAGAGUUUGGGUAUUAGUCCUGAUGUCUUUUCUUGGACUUGUAUGAUUUCAGGAUUUGCCCAAAAUGGGAGGACAAGUGAUGCAUUGAAUUUGUUUAAGGAGAUGUCUUUUGUUGGGGUAAAGCCAAAUGGGGUUACUGUUACAAGUGCAAUUUCUGCUUGUACAAAUUCAAAAGCAUUAGAAAUUGGGUUGCAGUUACAUUGUGUUGCGGUUAAGAUGGGCUUCAUUGAUGAUCUACUGGUUGGGAAUUCACUCAUUGGCAUGUAUUCCAAAUGUGGGAAGUUAGAGGAUGCUGAGCGAUUGUUUGAUAUGAUCAAUGAGAAAGAUAUAUACACGUUGAACUCAAUGAUUGGAGGAUAUUGUCAAGCAGGCUACUGCGGCAGGGCCUAUGAACUCUUCAUGAAAAUGCAGAAAUCAGAUAUUCCACCUGAUGUUAUUACAUGGAAUGCGAUGAUCUCAGGAUAUAUACAAAAUGGAAAUGAGGAUGAAGCCAUUGAUCUCUUUCAAAGAAUGGAGAGGGAUGGGAAAGUUAAGAGGAACACAGCAUCAUGGAACUCACUUAUUUCUGGCUACCAGCAACUAGGCCAGAAGAAUAAUGCAUUGGGAGUAUUUAGAAAAAUGCAGACUUACUGUUUUAUUCCAAAUUUCGUUACCAUCUUGAGUGUCUUGCCUACUUGUGCAUAUUUAGUAGCUGCAAACAAGGUGAAGGAGAUCCACAGUUGUGUAUUACGCAGAGAUUUAGAUUAUUCACUCCCUGUUAUGAAUUCACUUAUGGAAACUUAUGCCAAGUCAGGGAAUGUUGUAUACUCAAGAACUCUAUUUGAUGGAAUACCACAUAAAGAUAUGAUCACCUGGAAUUCAAUGAUUUCUGGUUACAUUUUACACGGAUUUGGGGGUGCUGCACUUGAUCUCUUUGAUCAAAGUAGAAAAUUGGGAUUUGAACCAAAUAGAGGUACUUUUGUAAGUAGUUUGGAGGAAGGUGAGAAGAAACCGUUAGCAGUUGCACCAUGGGGAGGUCAAAACGGUGUUUGUUGGGACGAUGGAGUUUAUACUACAGUGAGGCAGCUGGUGAUAGCUCAUGGUACUGGCAUUGAGUCCAUCCAGAUUGAAUAUGAUAAGAAAGGGAGCCCGGUUUGGUCAAAAAAACAUGGAGGAAACACAGGCAGUAAGUUAGACAAGGUUAAGCUUGAUUACCCAGAUGAAUUCCUAACUUCAGUCCAUGGAUACUACGGUACCAUUAAUGAUUGGGGAACAGUAUAUGUCAGAUCUUUAACUUUCCAAAGUAACAGGAAAACAUAUGGACCGUUUGGUAUUGAGCAGGGAACAUAUUUUUCAUUGCCAAUGACUGGAGGCAAAAUUGUUGGGUUCCACGGCAGGAGUAGUUGGUAUUUGGAUGCCAUUGGAAUUUAUCUAAAGCCUCUUCUGAAAAGAAAUUCCUCCAAAACUAUUGUUCAUUCACAAAGUUAUCUUCCUAAUGGAUCUGAGAAAGUUGGCUACUCAUUAGUACAAGGGAGCGUGGGGGAAAGCUAUGACAUAGUUCUUGCUGUAAAGCAAAAGGAUUCUUAUGGUACCAAUCACCAACCAACCAUCCUCUCACAGCAGAGUUCUAGUACUUCUCAAGACUCCUCCAGUGAUGAUGAUAACAAAACCAAACAUAGUAAGAAGCGUAGUAUGGACAAACUUCCCAUUAAAGUGGAUGGUAUAUUGUCAUAUGGACCCUGGGGUGGCAGUGGUGGAUCAACGUUUGAUGAUGGUACUUUUUCAGGCAUUAGACAAAUCAAUAUAUCUCGCAAUGUAGGAAUCGUUUCAAUAAGAGUUUGUUAUGAUCAUGAUGGGCAAGCUGUCUGGGGAAGCAAACACGGUGGUACAGGAGGAUUUAGAAAUGACAGGGUGAUCUUUGAUUAUCCCUAUGAAAUACUAACACAUAUGACAGGAACCUAUGGGCCCUUGAUGUACAUGGGACCAAAUGUCGUUAAGUCGCUUACCUUUCACACGACCAAAGGGAAGCAUGGACCAUUCGGAGAAGAACAGGGACUUUCAUUCACCCACAAAGUGAAUGAAGGCAAAAUUAUUGGAUUCCAUGGAAAAGAGGGUUUAUUCUUGGAUGCUAUUGGUGUACAUGUAACGGAAGGACAAAUAACUCCACAGUCACAUCCUGUUUCUAACGCAAUCCACCAAAGCAUAGGACGUAUAGCUGAGAUUGAUAAUCCUCAAUGGUCUAACAAACUUCUAGUCGCAAAGCAAGGACAAACUGAAGAGGUUGCGUACGCGGUGAUAAAAGAACCGUCUCCAUUCGGACCAGGUCCUUGGGGUGGAGACGGAGGGAGGCCAUGGGACGAUGGAGUAUUUUCUGGGAUUAAGCAAAUAUUUGUGACUAGGGCAGAAGCUAUUCAGUCCAUACAAAUCGAGUAUGAUCGAAAUGGACAAUCUCUCUGGUCUAUAAAACAUGGAGGAAGUGGAGGCGCUUUCACACAUCGGAUAAAGUUGGAGUACCCUCAUGAAGUGCUGAAUUGCUUGUCUGGGUACUAUGGUCCAGUGAGUACAGAUAAUAAAUCAAAAGUGAUAAAGUCAUUAACAUUUUAUACAAGUAGAGGGAAGUAUGGUCCAUUUGGAGAGGAAGUUGGAACGUAUUUCACUUCAACAACAACUCAGGGAAAGGUGGUUGGUUUCCAUGGAAGGAGCAGCUACUACUUGGAUGCCAUUGGAGUCCACGUGCAACAUUGGCUUGAAAAUAAUCAAAAAACCAUCCGAUCUUUCUUCAAGUUUUUGAAUUAAACCUAUGUUUGUCAUAUGAACAAUAUUAUGUAUAUUUAAUUUUGAGUAUUUAAUUGAGUAUUUAUAUAAUGUGU